CACGCAAAUUCAUCAACCCAAAACUCAACCAAGAGUCAAGAGAUGGCCAUUCCUACCAGUGUUUCUUCCUCCUUUCUUCUCAUUCUCCUUCUCGUCUCUUCUCUUCUAUCGCUCAGUUUGUCCGCCUCCAGCCGUUGUCACCCAGAUGACAAACGAGCCCUCCUCGCUAUCAAGAAGUCCCUAAACCCACAAAACUUUGCUUCCUGGAAUCCCCGUACCGACUGCUGUGGUUGGGACGACGUCAUAUGCGAUGCAGACGACCAAGUCGUCCGCCUCUACAUCAGGUAUACCACCAUGAUCGGCUCCAUCCCGGCUGCCGUCGGCGAUCUCCGCUACCUCGAAAUUCUGGACUUCAGUUACAUCAACAACCUCACUGGCUCCAUCCCUUACUCCAUCACCAAACUUCAGAAUCUCAAGUCGCUCACUAUCAGUAGGACCUCUGUCACUGGCCCCGUCCCUGAAUUCCUCAGCCAACUCAAAAACCUCGAGUCUCUUGACUUGUCCUUCAACGAACUCUCCGGGCCGAUCCCUGCUUCUCUGGCUGAUCUCACGAAACUGGGAUACCUUGUACUCCGAGUAAAUAAACUUACAGGAACUAUACCUGAUUCGCUUGGGAGAUUCAAAAGCAACUUCACGACGUUCGACCUUUCUCACAAUGAGCUCUCAGGCACGAUCCCGAAAUCGUUAGGCGGAUUGAAUUUCCAGGGCAUCGGUUUGUCCGACAAUAACUUGGUCGGCGACGCUUCAAUGUUGUUCAGAGAGAACUCAGAUGCGCUGUGGUAUGAUUUGUCACGUAAUCAACUGGACUUCGAUCUGUCGAAGGUGAGAUUUCCGAAGACAACAUCGUCGUUGGAUUUGUCUCACAACAGGAUUCGAGGGAGUAUUCCAAAGCAGUUAACUGAAUUGAGUGUGGCAGAGUUGGAUUUGAGUUAUAAUCGGUUGUGUGGGGAGAUUCCUAUUGGUGGGAAUUUGCAGACUCUGGGGUCCGGCCCCUUCUACCAUAAUAAGUGUUUGUGUGGUUCGCCACUCCCCAAGUGCAAGUAGCUUGGUGGUACUGAAUGCAACAAUCAGUAUAUACUUUCUUCCAUUUCUUCCCGGCCGGAGUUUCUGACUUCUCUGUCGGUGCAGGUUGACGGGCCGGGAAAUUAUUUUUUCUAUAAUAAAUAAAUGCAUCACGUCUCUCACUCUCUCUCUUGUAAAACUAGAAAUUAAUGUAUGGUAUCGAAUUUUGUAUUGGGCAAUUUGGACACAGAUACACUUUGGAAAUGCAUUGAUACCUACA